AUGUCAAAGACGAAGGCAGCCACUCCCGAAGCUCACGAUGCCGAGGCGGCCGAGGCGCCCGUGUGUGAUGAAGUGGCGUCUCACCCCCGUGACCUUGCGACCAUCGAGGCCAGAGUCAGACGAAAGCUUGAUACACACGUGUUACUGCUCCUGUGUUUUCUGUUCUUGUUGGCUUUCUUGGAUCGAUCAAACAUCGGCAAUGCUCGGAUUGCCGGCAUGGAGCAUGACCUCGACUUGAGCAGCGAUCAGUAUGAAUGGCUUCUCACCAUCUUCUACAUCGCCUACAUUCUCUUCGAGCCGCUCAUCAUCGUCUUCAAGGUUCUACCCACACGCAUAUGGAUCGCAAUACUCGUGCUCGGCUGGGGCAUUGCCGCCACGACCCAAUCUGCUACCCAAUCUUGGGGGGGCAUGAUGGCAUGUCGCUUCUUCUUGGCCGCAUUUGAGGCCGGAUAUGGCCCCGGCGCCAUCUACCUGUUGUCAUUCUUUUACCUGCGCAAUGAGCUUGGCCUUCGCAUCGGCAUUUUUUUCGCUAGUGCCCCGUUGGCAACGUGCUUUGCGGGUGCUUUGGCUUACGCGAUCACCUCAGGGCACGCCAGGAUAGCUAAUUGGCGUCUCUUGUUUCUGGUUGAAGGUGCGCCCGUCUUGGCCAUGGCAGUCGUGACGUAUUUCGCCAUGCCAAACAGCGCCCACCAAGCGUGGUUCUUGAAUCAAGACGAAAGAAGCGUCGCUUUGGCACGCCAAGUAAAGCAAGUAGGAAAGGGGACCCGGGUAGGGUUCUUGAAGUGGCGGGAAACCCUUUCCGUUCUCCUGGAUGCAAAGGCGUGGCUGACCGCUCUCAUGUAUUUCUCAUGCAAUGUUUCCUACUCAUCUCUGCCGGUUUUCCUGCCGACCAUCCUCAGAGACAUGGGUUUCUCUGGCUUGGCUGCACAGGGCCUCUCUGCACCGCCCUACUUUGCUUCUUUUCUCGUGACAAUUGCGACGACUUAUAUUGCAGAUCGUACUCAACAACGAGGGCUUGUGGUCAUCGGAAUGGCGUUAUUAGGUGGCGCGGGAUACGUCAUGCUCGCGGCAGCAUCGACUACUGCUGUUCGGUACGCCGGUGUCUACCUCGCUGCGGCAGGGGUAUUCCCAACCAUAGCUAAUAUUCUGCCAUGGGUCGUGAAUAAUCAAGGUAGUGACGAACGAAGAGGAGCUGGUGUGGUUAUAAUCAAUCUUGUCGGGCAGUGUGGUCCGCUUCUGGGCACCAGGGUAUAUCCUCAAGAUGAGCGGCCAAACUACGUCAAAGGUCACGGUAUCUGCGCUGCAUUCAUGUUAUUUGUUGCUGUUCUUGCCGUUAUUCUGAGGACACUGUUAGUUUGGGAAAACAAACGCCUCGCUGAAAAGUACGAGAAUGAUGUGGUCGCAGACGAAACCCACGACGAAGGCGUCGAAAACUAUGGACCCAAAUUUAGAUAUGUUCUUUAG